ACAUUUUACGGAAAAGUUUGUACAGGUAUUGUUUGGAAGAUCGAAGAAGCUGGAUCAGCUUUGCUUCGCAACCAAGCCAAAACUUUUUAUAAUACGCUGCAACAAAGCCAACCGAUCCAAGCACGUCAAUACACAAGAAAAUGGCUGACGAGAAGUCUGUAAUGGCGGUGAUUAGGGCCGCCAGGCCAUCUUUUAAGAACAGUGCCGAUAAGGUUGUUUUUGCCGUUCACGCCUCUUUCCUCGCCGCCGGUUACGUGCUCACCGCCACUGGACCGCCUGCUUUCUCCGAUACUGCCCUUUACUCUCCCUCUACUGAUGAGGUAGGGAUUGAGCGCUGGAACGAUUCCGAUAAUGAAUAUGCUUUCGUGUAUUUAAACGCCGAGAAGGGUGGAAACAAGGUGUUAAUGAAGUGUUUGGUCAUGAACGAUAAAUUGCUUAUCGAUGCUUUGGCUGACGGGGCGUCAGAGCCGGUCCAUCUAGAAAUCGAUGUAGUCGACUUUGUUGGGGAGAAUGGAGGCGCAAAUUAUUCAGCUCAGUUCAAGAAUAUGGACAAGCUUGUUAAGAAUAUUGAUGCGGAAAUUUUGUCUAAACUGGAUGGUUCCUCUUCAAAAGCGAGCUCCUCAAGCAAUCGACCAAAUGAUGGCUCAAGGCGUGACAUAAAAGAACCUGGAAUUCGAAUUACUGAGCCAACAGGUCCUCAAAUUCAUCAAAUUCAUCCUUCAGGAAUUAUAUAUCCUCCUGUAAAUCCAGUUGGUGGUAGUGAUCUUUUUCCUGGUCCUGGUGGUGGAAUGUAUCCAAUGAGGGGUGGCUUUGGCACUGGUGGGAGCAUGCUUCUAGGGCCUAAUGAUCCUCAUUGGUUUAGUGGAGAGUCAAAUUUUCCUGGUGGACAACCGGGUGUUCCUCCAGGUGCUCGUUUUGAUCCCUAUGGUCCACCUGGGGUUCCUGGUUUUGAGCCUAACCGAUUUGUUAGAAACCCACGCAGGCCUGGAAGGGACACUCAUCCAGACCUCGAGCAUUUCAGGAGUGAUUCAGAUUUCAUUUAACAUGUUUCUUGAAACUUUGCAUUUUCCCCUUGUCCUGCUUUUGUAUAAACGUUUGUUAGAUGAAGGUUGCCAGUAUAUCGGUUUGUCUACAACGUUUUUGUAGCUAGUCUACAAGUCACAAGGCAUUGUAUAUAUUGAUGGACUAGGAAUUUCGGCAUGCUGAUGGGUUUUAUGAGUAAUAACCCCAAGAGCCCUAUUUCUGGUAAA